UCUGUUCCAAACUGUGACUACUUGUUCUCACAACAGUAUGACUUGAGGUUUUUGACAGGUUGUUGCACAUAACGUGAUAGUUGUACAAUAAUACAAACAUAUCCGUAAAGUGAAGGCUGCAAAGAUCAAAGAUAAAAGAAGUUAUCAUUUAUUACGACAAAAGUGAAUGCGAUUGAGUUUGUAGUUUCACGUGUAAAGCAGAUUUUAUUGCAAUUUCGACGAUAUGUCUGAUUAUUUCGAGGAAAUGGGUUGGACGCCUUUAGAUGACGGAGAGACGCCGAAUCAUCUGAUUCAAAUGGCACGUUUUUUGCGAGAUUAUGGCAUGUGGGAAUUACUCGGAGAGGACACAAAACUUCCACCGCCAGCGUCAAAAAAUGCGGUGGAAACUUUGCCGGAGAUUAAGAUUGAAUCCAGUCAAACUAAACAGUGUCCAGUUUGCUUGAAAGAGUUCGAGGCGAACGAUAAAGCGAAAUCGAUGCCCUGUCAUCACGCGUUUCAUCAUGACUGUAUCGUACCUUGGUUAGAAAAGACCAAUUCGUGUCCACUCUGCCGAUACGAGUUGCCGACAGACGAUGAAGAAUAUGAAAUGUACAGGAAGGAAAAGAAGCGAGCGGUAGAGAGGGAGAAAGACUUGGAAUCUCUACAUAAUUCUAUGUUUACGUAGGAAAUAUAUUAUAUAACUUUCUAAAGAAAAAUUAUCUUUUAUCUUGUAUAUUGUGUAAGUUGUCAUUAUAUUAAAAAUAUCAUUCAUCACAGCAAGCGCCUUGUAUUACUGACAGUUGGGAAAGUAGAUUAAAAUAUCAACAGUAAUAUACACAAUCAAUGUACAUUUGUAUAUUAAAAAAAGUUAUACUUACCCUUUAUUAAUAUAAAGAAAAUGUUUUAUAAUUGAAAAAUGUAUAAAAAAACAUAUAAAUAAUGUAUAAUAAAAUUAUAUAAUUAUAUUCAUUUGUGAUAUGUGACAUAAUUUGUUGAUUGAAUAAAGAGACAUGAAUUAUUAAUAGGAAAUAAUGUUUAUUAUACAGUGUACAUAUUUAUUAACUUCAUUUAUUUUAUUUCUGUUAUAAAUUUUAUAUUAAUAAUUGUAUUAUGCUUUUUUUGCCGAGCGACGAAUGCCUUGAUCAGUGUGCGCUUAGACUAUAACAAUCUCCGUAAAAAGUAUAGAAACUUCUGAUUUUUAUUUUGUUCGUUUGUUUUAUUCUUUUAUUCCUCUUUCGCUCCCUCUCUCCGGUUUUUCCAUCCUCUUUCGCUCUCUUUCUCGCUUUUUCUCUCUCGCUCUCUCUCUCUCUUUCUCUCUCUCGCUCUCGCUCUGUCUCUCUCUCACCGUAACGCGAUCGCUAUCAUGUGAACCAUACCACCAAAGAGAAUUGCCAAAAUAUGUUGCGCUGAAAACGGCAUAAUCGUUCGGCAUAUACAAAUAAUAGUACUGUCGAAGUUAAAGUAAUUGGCGGUUUAUUCAUUAUCUUUUUUUUUUCACUCUCGUGUCGGUGACGUCAUUCCGAAAAAAAUGACACACCG